AUGCUGCUGCUCCUCGCCUCUUCGAUCGGAGUGCGCAAGCUCGUCGUGCCUGCGGGCGCGGCGCUGCCGGUAGCCUCGCCGGGCGAGAACGAGCUGCGGAGGAUCUUUGAGGCAGAAACUUUGGAGAUGGACGUGUCUGGUGUGCGGUUGUGGCUGGAGGUGGGCGGCUGGCGGCCGCUCUCGAUGCGGGACAUGCGCCUCUCCGCCGCCCUCAACACGGGGUAUCUCCUCCGCGUCGCGCUCGAUCGGCCACGACUGGCAGAACUCGACGAAAACAUCGGCGAGGCGCUUGGGCUGAGGCCGUCGCUGGAGCAGGUUGUGAGGGAGCGGCUCGACGGCGGCGGCGGCGGCGGUGGCGGCGCGACCGCGGGCGAGCCGUUCGGAGGGCGCAUCCUAGCGUUUGUGCGCGGGACGGGAGUGGAGAGGGUGGUCGACCGGUUCUGGUGGCAGAAAGCGGUCCAUCUCCAAAACACGUGGCUCUCCGACUCUCCCCUCGCCGCCGUCAGACGCUACGCGGCCGGCCUCAACGCGUCGGCGCAGCUCGACGGCCUCGCUCCGUUUGAGGUCAGCGAUGGCGGCGGCGGCGGCGGCGGCGCAGGCGGCCAGCUGGUCGAGCGGGUCUCGAUCGCGGACGAGGUGUCCAUCGGCACAACCGGCGGCAAGCGGCGGCUCGCCUCGUCCCUCUUCCGCAAGUGCGAGCUCGUCGAGCCAACUUUCGAGCAAGUGCUCCUCAUCUGGCGCCGCCGCCCGCCCGCCGCGGAUCCGCCCCGCCGGUUGCUGCGGGACGCCCUUUCCGUCUUGGUUGGCCGGCGGCGAGGGGAGCGCGAGGGCGCUUUGGGGCAGCGGCGGCGAUCCUCGCCGCCGUCGUCGCUGCCGUCGAUUGAGAUGGAGAUCUUUGAGGAGGUGCCGAUGGCCAACCUCGGCGUGGUCCUGCCAGGCUCGCGCGUGUGUACUGCGCGCCGACAGGCUCGCGCGUGUGCUUCCGCGCGGCGGACGCGCUGCGGCUCGACACCCCUCCCCGCUCUCCGCCCUCGGCUGGUGAGCAGCGUCUCCUCCACGCCCCGGAGGAGCCUCGAGCGCGAGGCGCGGCGGUCGAUCGAGACUGGCGGCGCCCGCCUCGACGUGGAUGGCGCGCUCUCCGACCUCCUGCGCAUGCGCGUGGUCGCCUCGCUGACACGCAUGCCUGGCUCGGCAGAGGCGGCGGCGGCUGGGGAGGCGGGCGCGGGCACAGCGGCUGGGGAAGAGGCCGCGCUAGAAGCCGACGGCGCCGAGGGCUCCGGAAACGUUGUGGGUUCCGGCGGCGCCGUCGCCGCAGCCCCGCCCCCCGCAGGGUACGAGUGGGGGGCUCCCGACACGCCACCCGACACGGCCACCUCCUCCAGCGCGGGCAGAGGCGACGCGAACGGCGGCAGCGGCACGGACGGCGCAGGCGACGGCUCCGCUUGGAUCGUGCCGGCGUCGGCCGCCGCAGCGGACGCCGCGCUGGCGCUGCAUUGGUCAUCGUUGCUGCGGCCCCGGGCGGCGAAGGGCGACGCCGCGGCGGGCGAGCUCUGGGCGGGGCGGCGGGGCCGGCGGCUGCGGGUACUAAAUUUCAGCUCUGCGGGAGCCGUCGAGGGCGGCGGCGGCGCGGCGGUGGCAGAGGAGGAGGAGCUGAGCGAGCGCGACUUUGCGGUGGGGUGA